CCCUCAGAGCCUCUCAGAGCCCCUCAGAGCCCCGCGGCCUCGGGGAGUGCUCACGGAGCCUCCCCGGAGCCUUCCAUGGUGCUCCCGUGCGAGUCCUGAAUACCCCGGUGGGGUUUUCAAAGCCCCCGAGGGUCCCGCUGCAACCCUGGCCGGACCCCCGGGCCCUCAGAGACCCCGAGGCCCUCUCAGCUUUUGUGCAGCCCCGCUUGUACCCUCGAAUUUCCCUCUCAGCUUUUGUGCAGCCGCAUUUGUGCCCUCGAAUUUCCCUCUCGCAGAGCUCCUGUGUUCCCCAGUGUUCUCCUGCACUUGUGCUCCCACAUUUCCCUUUUACAGCCCCCGGCUGCUUCCCCAGGAGCCCUUUUGACCCCAAAUUUUACCCCCAAAUUUCUCUUUAUAGCUCCCACGGUGCCCCCACGUUUCCAGUUUCCCUCCUGGAGCUUUCUUGGCUCCUUCUUGCACCUCUGUGGACCCCGAAUUCCCCCCAGGCUGUGCCCUCACAGCUUCCACUGCUCCUUCAGAGCCUCCUUGGAGCUCCUGCAGCUCCCUCAAGAUCCAGCUCUAGGUUUUUGGAAAACUCCCGAGCUCAGCAUCGCCUUUAAAACCCCUUUGAGAUCCGUUUCUAAACCUUCAGCGCAUCUUUUGUCGCUCCAGAUGCAAAUUCCAAAGCGGUGCGAGCUGGAAACGAUCCGCCAGGAAAAGGAAUGUGCGGUCAUUGAUCUGUCCCGAGUUCCCCUCGCAGCUCAGGUUUCACUUGGGAAUAGGGGUUUUUUAUCGCUUGUGUGGAUCCUCCUGAGGUUCAGCUUGGAAAACCUCGGGAUGAGUUUUUAUGUGCGGCAAACAAGCGCUGGAAAAACUGAAUUUGGGCUGACCUCGGUGCCAUCAAAACAUAAAUAACAAAUACCCUAAAAAUGCGUUGGGUUUUCCCCAUCUUAAAGAGCCCAAAACAAAACGAUAUUUUUAAACAGCUGCAACCUUCAAUUCCAACGCAGAAUGAUACCAGAAUAUCCCAAAAUUUCGGAAUUCUUGGGGCCAAUUGUGGUGAGGGCGCAGUGAGCAGCCAGGAAUCUCCCCCAAAGUGCCGGGAAUGGCCGGGGGACGCCGGGGUCCCAACAGAACGUCCUACUGCCGGAACCCCCUGUGCGAGCCCGGAGCCGCCGGAGCCUCCGGACACUCCUCGGGCUCCUCGGUCACCGGCGUGCGCUCCCGGACCAGGAGUGGCUCAGGGACAGGCCUGUCCAGCCCCCCUCUGGCGGCUCAGACCGUCGUCCCCCUGCGGCACUGCAAGAUCCCCGAGCUGCCCGUGGAGAGGAGCGUCCUGUUCGAGCUGCAGCUCUUCUUCUGCCACCUCGUCGCCCUCUUCGUCCACUACAUCAACAUCUACAAGACGGUGUGGUGGUACCCGCCCUCCCACCCUCCUUCUCACACGUCCCUGAACUUUCACCUCAUCGACUUCAACGUGCUGACAGUGACAACCAUCGUGCUGGCACGGCGGCUCAUCGGUGCUGUCGUCAAGGAGGCUUCCCAGAGCGGCAAAGUCUCCCUGCCGCGCUCCGUCUUCCUGGUGGUCACUCGCUUCGCCGUCCUCACGGGCACGGGCUGGAGCUUGUGUCGCUCCAUCAUCCACCUCUUCAGGACCUACUCAUUCCUCAACCUCCUCUUCCUGUGCUACCCGUUUGGGAUGUACAUCCCCUUCCUCCAGCUGAACUGUGACUUUCGCAAGGCCGGGCUCUUCGCGCCGGUGGCCAACAUCGGCCCCAGGGACACGGGGGAGGUGACAGCCCGGGGCAGGGACUACCUGACGGUGCUCAAGGAGACCUGGAAGCAGCACACGAGGCAGAUGUACGGCAUGGAGGCCAUGCCCAGCCACGCCUGCUGCCUGUCCCCGGACCUGAUCCGCAACGAGGUGGAGUUCCUCAAAAUGGACUUCAACUGGCGCAUGAAGGAGGUGCUGGUGAGCUCCAUGCUCAGUGCCUACUACGUGGCCUUCGUGCCCGUGUGGUUUGUCAAGAACACUCAGUACUACGACAAGCGCUGGUCCUGCGAGCUCUUCCUGCUGGUUUCCAUCAGCACCUCGGUGAUCCUCAUGCAGUACCUGCUCCCUGCACGCUACUGCGACCUGCUGCACAAAGCUGCAGCGCACCUGGGCUGCUGGCAGAAGGUGGACCCGGCCCUCUGCUCCAACGUGCUGCAGCACCAGUGGACUGAGGAGUGCAUGUGGCCUCAGGGGGUGCUGGUGAAGCACAGCAAGAACGUCUACAAGGCCGUGGGUCACUACAACGUGGCCGUGCCCUCGGACGUCUCGCACUUCCGAUUCCACUUCUUUUUCAGCAAACCGCUGCGAAUCCUCAACAUCCUGAUCCUGCUGGAAGGAGCUGUCAUCUUCUACCAGCUCUACUCGCUGAUUUCCUCCGAGAAGUGGCACCAGACGAUCUCGCUGGCUCUGAUCCUCUUCAGCAAUUACUACGCCUUCUUCAAGCUGCUGCGGGACCGCCUGGUGCUGGGCAAAGCCUACUCCUAUGCUGCCAGCAGGGACUCGGAGCAGAAGUUAAAUUAAAACAAUUGCACUGAUGCUCUCAGCCUGUUACAGAACAAACAAACAAACAAACAAAACGAGAAACCCUCAGAGCUUUGUAUUUUUGUUACCACUGCUUUUUUGUUGUCGUCGUCGUCGUCGUUUUCUUUGAUAACUGAUGUAAUUAAAAGGAAGGAAAAAAAACAAAACAAAAAAACACAUAUUUUUUUACUCCCAA